GUGCCUGCCCGCUCCCCGGGCAGUGGCGGCUCGCCCUUUGCGGGGCUGCUUGAGGUCGCGCCGCUCUCCGGGCCCGGUCCUCGCUCCCGCCUGUGCCUCUGCCCCGCUUUCCGGGGCCGCUGUCUCUCCCGAGCCUGGCGGGCCGGUGUCUGUGAAGCCGCCACGGUGUGCGCGGGGUAGAGCGGCAGCAGCCCCCCGCAGUAAACCCUCAGUGACAGCGGCCGUGUCGGGGGAGUUCCCGGUGCUGAGCAGUUUCACGCUCUACAGGUCCCACGAGUGUGAUUAAAUAUUUCGUUACGAGCAGCAUCGGACGCGGCUCGCACCGGCUCCCCGGCAGCGCUGCUGGCAUCCGCUGAGCACCGCUGCGCCUUCCUGGCUGUGAACACCUCGAACGCCUGUAUUACCAGAACAGAGGGAUUUCCCUGAUACACCAUGUCCAAAUAGUUUUAAUUAUUAGCCCUAGGACAGGUGAUGUUUCUGUUCUGAAGCAAUAAAAUGCCCAUGAGAGGAGCACAGCUUUCACCAUUUUAAAGUAUGGAUUUAACCUUAGUGCAAGCAGCCCUUGUAACAGUGGAAGUAACUCUCGGUGUGUCACUGGUCAUGCAGAGGUGUAUUAGUGGUCAUGCAUGCAAAGGUACUUCACUGCUCAGGGCCUAAGCUUUCAGGGUUGGUUUUUUUUGGUCUGGUUGGUUGGUUGUAGGGCCAUCAGUGGUUUCAGAUAGUUCUACAAGACAUUGUCAGCAUAAGUGUUUUAAAAUGCCAGCUGUGUGUAUUUUUAGAAGUCGUGAUCCUGCAUGUACUUGACCUGGCUUGGCUAGGCUGUGGGUCUCUAAGUUGGAGCAUGCUUGCAGGCUUUUUGCUUGCUAGGGUAAUCCCAAAUUCCUGCCACUGGCAGUGGUAUAAGUCAUGUUCCUUUCUGUCAGCCCAGCACUACAGGGACUGCACCUGCAUCUGCACCUUGUGUUUAAAAAAUGAAAUGAAACAAAACCCUGACAUGCAAGCCCACUCUUUGACUGGUUAAUGCCACACUGAGUACAAAAUACAAGACCUAAUCACAUAUUCUCACCUUAAAUGCCUGGUACCUCAGAAGUAGGGCACGAAGAAUUUCUUUACUCUAUUAGCACCCUUAUCUGAACAGCACCAGAAUGAUCUGCUGGGGAACAGGAAAACAAUUUCCUAUAUGGUUUCUUAUCUCUAAUACAGGGCAGUCUAGGGAGCUGAAACAGUCCCAGGCCAUCAGAGGCAAGGUCUGUGGCUCCAUUUAGGGUUGUGUGUCAGCAGAUUUGGAUUGCUGAUGGGGUAAUUUUGGUAACCUUUGGUAUGACUGUGCAGCAGAUCACAGCUGCCCUUCUUGUAAGUGCAGGAAAGUCUCCGGGUGUAGCGACUGGCAUGUAGUUUCUCCUGUGUGAAAAGUGUGGGCUGUGUGCUGUGCAGGAGCCUGUAAGGGUUCUGUGAUGGCAUUGCCACCCUGCUGGCAUAUGGGCCCCGUGCCAGUUCAGCACUAGAGCUGGCUCAGGUAUGGUGGGCAAACUUCCUGUCACUGUCCUUAGAUACCAGAAUAGAACUCCGCUUGCCUGUGUCCAUUUAAGAGCAACAGUCUGAGUUUUUAAUGCCUUAGUUGUGCCUGUAGCUAAAAGUUCUGUUCAUCAAGAGUCUGUAGUUGCUUGGUAUAAGUCUAUGGUAAGGAAUGUACUUUUAAGAAAAACUAGAAGAAGGUUCCAGGUAACCCUCCCCUCACACCUGAAAUCAUGAGGCUUUCCUUAUUAACAUCAUGGGCACGCCUGUGCUAUCAGUGGCUGUCAGCUUCUGAGUUUUUACUUGAUGUGAGUAUGAUGUGUCACAGCCUUGAAACAGAGCUACAGAGCAAGGAAGAGGCUUUGUCUGUGGGGUAGGAGGAGGAAUAUAGAGAAGUUGUUGCUUUCUGAGUUCUUGGGGCAAAGGUUUUCCUGCUGCUUAUCUGGUUUUUUUCCAGGAGGGAGGGGAGAUUAAGGGAUUGGAGAAAAUAACCCUCUUCCUCCUUUUGCUUGGUUUGCUUCACUUCAUUAAAUCAUCAGCCUUCAAGCUGAUGGUAUACCUGCUAAGGGUUCAUUCUGCACUGGUAUGCUGAGGCAGCAGGACACAGGCAUGAGAAUGGUUCCUGAGUAUGUUGGGAAUGCUACUCUUGUCCUCCUCUGGAGAUAGCAGGGCUAUGUGGAGUGCACAGUAAAUACCUCUAGAGCCUGGUCUGCCAGCCCUGUUCCUCCCACUAGCAGCGAGCACUGAUGGUGAGUAUCAGCUCUGACUCGUGCUGCUCCAGGUGUUUCAGUGCCAGGUGUGUGCUGUGCUUUGAGGGUUUUGUGGCAGCAGCAGCACCGGGCUGGGUGCAUGGGACUGGGAUGGAGGAGAUCGUCCUUGGUGUGGUAUGUACAAAGUCCAGGCUUGCUGUGUCCCCUUGUGUGGUUUCUGUUGGGUCGAUGUCUGCUCCCCCGGUGGAUCCUUAUGCAGGAGGAAUGCUUUUGGCUACUUUAUAAUAAGGAAAAGCACAGUGAAAGAUGCCUGCUUGACGCUGGGUGGAGCUUAGGCCAACGGUGAACAGCUGUGUCCUUGCAUGGAUAGGUCACUUGAAUGGUGUGUUCGGACUCUGUCUCCUCUGAGGCAGGCAGGGCUGCUCUUGUAGGUGAGUCUGGAGGACAUGAUCCUUUCCUGGUGUUUCUAACUCAUAGCAUAUAUUCAGCAGCAGGUCAAAGAAGGUGAUUGCUCCAUUCUGCACUGGUCACAGCGCUAAGCCUGUCUAAGUUGAAGAAGCCUGUGGAUAAUGCUCUCUGGCACAUGGUGGGGUUUUUGGGAUGUCUGCACAGGGCCAGGAGCUGGACUCAGACUUGAUGGAUCCCUUCCAACUUGGUGUAUUCUGUGUUUCUGUGCCAGCUUGCAAACCCAGACAUCCUGACCUGUUACCCAAACUGUUGCUGAUGCUCCCCCUGUGUCCUCUUUCCCUGCCAUAGAGUUUUCACUUGUUUUUCCUCCUCCCUGCAAACUCCUUCACCUCUCAAACUGUUCUCUCUGUUACUGUAGGUCUUCUUGAGCUGAAGGGAUGAAAAUUGGCAAUUGGAAAAUCACUGUCACUGACCUGAGCUUUAUCCUGACCUCUGGAGUCCCAGUUGAUGUUGUUGGGCAUAUGAGUCUGCAAGAGUGUCCCCUGUCCAUGAUUUAGGCAGCGGUUGGACAUGCAUCACUAGCGGGAUGGUCGCCCACCAAAGCUGCAAUGUCGUCCCUGACGACCUCCAGUGAGGGAGAGAACUCUGCUCCCAGGUUUGUUCUUGGUUCCAGAGAUGAUGAGACAGAAUUUCUGGGAUCAAACAUGAAGACAGACGAAACCGAUUUCUUUGAAGAUGACGAAGAGGAGGAGUCGCCUCCAGAACGGCAGAUUGUGGUGGGAAUCUGUGCCAUGACCAAAAAGUCCAAGUCAAAGCCCAUGACACAGAUUCUGGAACGUCUGUGUAAGUUUGAGUACAUCACAGUGGUGAUCAUGGGGGAAGAUGUUAUUCUGAAUGAACCGGUAGAAAACUGGCCCUCUUGUGACUGCCUGAUAUCCUUCCACUCCAAAGGAUUCCCCCUGGAUAAGGCAGUUGCUUAUGCCAAGCUGUGCAAACCAUUUCUGAUCAACGACCUUGAUAUGCAGUAUUACAUCCAGGACAGGCGUGAAGUGUAUCGGAUCCUUCAGGAAGAGGGAAUAGACCUGCCCCGCUAUGCUGUGCUCAAUCGAGAUCCUGACCGACCAGAAGAGUGCAACUUGGUGGAAGGAGAGGACCACGUGGAGGUAAACGGAGCUGUGUUCCCAAAGCCAUUUGUAGAGAAGCCAGUCAGUGCUGAAGACCACAAUGUGUAUAUUUACUACCCGACAUCAGCAGGUGGGGGCAGCCAGCGGCUCUUCCGCAAGAUUGGAAGCCGGAGCAGUGUGUACUCCCCAGAGAGCAGUGUGAGGAAGACAGGCUCCUACAUUUAUGAGGAGUUCAUGCCUACGGAUGGCACUGAUGUAAAGGUGUACACGGUGGGGCCGGACUAUGCCCAUGCAGAGGCUCGCAAAUCCCCUGCUUUGGACGGGAAGGUGGAGCGGGACAGCGAGGGCAAGGAGAUUCGCUACCCGGUCAUGCUGACUGCCAUGGAGAAACUCGUUGCCCGUAAAGUCUGCGUAGCCUUUAAGCAAACCGUGUGUGGCUUCGACCUCCUGCGGGCCAACGGCCACUCCUUUGUUUGUGAUGUGAAUGGCUUCAGCUUUGUGAAGAACUCCAUGAAGUAUUAUGAUGACUGUGCCAAAAUCCUUGGAAAUAUAAUCAUGAGGGAGUUGGCUCCCCAGUUUCAUAUCCCCUGGUCCAUCCCAACAGAGGCAGAAGACAUCCCCAUUGUCCCCACUACUUCAGGCACCAUGAUGGAGCUUCGCUGUGUUAUUGCAGUCAUCCGUCAUGGAGAUCGCACCCCGAAGCAGAAGAUGAAGAUGGAAGUGAAACAUCCCCGGUUCUUUGAAUUAUUUGAGAAAUAUGAUGGUUACAAGACAGGAAAGUUGAAGUUGAAGAAACCAGAGCAGCUACAGGAAGUGCUGGACAUUGCACGGCAGCUUGUGGUGGAGCUGGGAACCCACAGUGAUUGUGAAAUCGAGGAGAGGAAAUCCAAACUGGAGCAGCUGAAGAGUGUCUUGGAGAUGUAUGGACAUUUUUCUGGCAUUAACCGUAAGGUUCAGUUGACCUAUCUUCCUCAUGGACAUCCAAAAGCUGCGAGUGAAGAUGAAGAGGCUCGCCGGGAGUCCUCCCCCUCGCUGCUGCUGGUGCUGAAGUGGGGUGGGGAGCUGACCCCAGCAGGAAGAGUCCAGGCUGAGGAGCUGGGCCGGGCCUUCCGCUGCAUGUACCCUGGGGGCCAAGGCGAUUAUGCUGGUUUCCCUGGCUGUGGCUUGCUCAGGCUGCACAGCACGUAUCGCCAUGAUCUCAAGAUCUACGCCUCGGAUGAGGGGAGAGUUCAGAUGACAGCAGCAGCUUUUGCAAAGGGUCUGCUGGCCCUGGAAGGAGAGCUGACCCCCAUCCUGGUGCAGAUGGUGAAAAGUGCCAACAUGAAUGGUCUGCUGGACAGUGACAGUGAUUCCCUUAGCAGCUGUCAGCACAGAGUGAAGGCUCGACUACAUGAAAUCAUGCAGAAGGAUGCUGAGUUCUGUGAAGAGGAUUAUGAAAAGCUAGCACCUACAGGCAGUGCUUCUCUGCUCAACUCCAUGACCUUUAUCCAGAACCCAGUUGAGGUCUGUAACCAGGUGUUCACCCUGAUUGAGAAUCUCACCUCCCAGAUACGAAAGCGUCUGGAGGACCCAAAAUCUGCAGACCUGCAGCUGUACCACAGUGAGACUUUGGAACUGAUGCUGCAACGCUGGAGUAAGCUGGAGCGAGAUUUCCGCAUGAAGAAUGGGCGCUAUGACAUCAGCAAGAUCCCUGAUAUAUAUGACUGCAUCAAGUAUGAUGUACAGCACAACUGUGCACUGAAACUGGAAGGCACAACUGAACUCUUCAAGCUCUCCAAAGCCCUGGCAGAUGUGAUCAUACCCCAGGAAUAUGGGAUUAAUAAGGAGGAGAAACUGGAGAUUGCUAUUGGCUUUUGUCUUCCUCUCAUUAAAAAGAUCCAGCUGGACCUACAGAGAACUCAUGAAGAUGAGUCUGUCAACAAACUACAUCCGUUGUACUCAAGAGGAGUUCUGUCCCCGGGUCGCCACGUCCGCACUCGGCUGUACUUCACCAGUGAGAGCCACGUGCACUCCCUGCUCAGCAUCUUCCGCUACGGGGGCCUUCUGGAUGACCCCUCUUCAGAGGAGCGUUUCCAUGUGGAGCUGCACUUCAGCCCUGGUGUCAAAGGCUGUGAGGAGGACAGGAACAUACCCACGGGGUUUGGCUUUCGACCGGCCUCAGCAGAGAACGAGGAAAAGAAGGCAGACCAAGGCAGCCUGGAGGACCUCUCGCGUGAGAAGGGCAGCGAUGAGGCAGACUGCGCUCGGCAGAAGUCCCCGCAGCCCUCGGAGCCCGUCAGCAUCCAGCGCCGGUCGCCGCUGGUCAGGAGCCGCAAGACAGGAUCCAUGGAGGUGCUGUCUGAAUCUUCUUCUAAAUCAGGAGGUUAUCGCCUCUUCAGCACUUAUUCCAGGCAGUCUUCUGAGAUGAAGCAAAGUGGAUUAGGGUCACAGUGCACCGGGCUGUUUAGCACCACUGUGCUGGGAGGCUCCUCCAGUGCCCCCAACCUCCAGGACUACGCACGCAGCCAUGGCAAAAAGUUUGCCAGCAGCCUGACAUACAAAGACGAGCUCUUGUCUAUGCCAGCCGUAAAACGAUUUUCUGUGUCGUUUGCAAAGCAUCCGACUAAUGAUGUGUUGGAGCACCAGCACGUUGCCCAGUUGCUACGCCGUUUUUCCUCUGACUGUGCUGCGAGCCGGACCAUCUCCUUGGAUGCCACCCUAGCCCAUCACCUGCAGCAGUGCUCCUACCACCUGCGCCUCUUCAGGAGCUGGCUGAUCUCAGGGCAGGAUGACUUGGAGUGUCUUUACGGUUUUGAGGGCUGCUCCAUGGUUCCCACCAUCUAUCCCCUGGAGACUCUGCACAACUCGCUGUCUCUGCGGCAGGUGAACGAGUUCCUGACGGCCGUGUGCCGGAGCUGCAGCGAGUCGCACGCCCACUCCACCGCAGCUCUGUUUGAUUCAAUGAUUGGGAGCCAGAUCCCAGGAGACCCCUUUAUGUCCCAGAGAAUCCUGUCGUCGUCGUCGCUGCCGCUGCGCCCGCGCUCGGACAAACCGCCCUGGUACAGCAGUGGCCCCUCCAGCACCGUCUCCAGUGCAGGCCCAUCCUCCCCAACUUCUGUGGACAGCUGUGCUCGUUUCAGCUUCACUGAGAAACUUUCCAUCAGCCCCCCAAAAAGUGAGGAGCAGCUGACCAGCCAGUCCCCUGAGCAGGAGGAGAGUCAAGCUCCACACAGAGAGCCUGACGUGCGGGAGGGUGUGUCUGGGCUGCCAGCAGCAGAGCCAAGUGCCCCAGAGACCCUGAUCUGGAAUAAGGGCCCAGAGCCAGGCAGGAUUCUGGAGCUGUGCAAGAAGGAGCUGGCAGGGGAGGAUGCUAACCCAGAAGAGAAGAGCAUGGGAGAGCGGGAUGAAGAAAAAUCAUCUGGGGAAAUGUUAGAGCCAAGUAACAUAGGAAACCCAAAGUGUGGUGAAGGAUUUGACCUGGGGCUGGCUGGGGAGACAGCAAAGCCAGGUGAGGGGUCUCUCAGGGGAAUGACUGGCCUGGAUCUGUCCAAGGAGAUCCUGGUGCCCUGUGAAGAGGAGCUGCUGGGAGAGACGUUGGACCCAGAGCAUACAGGCAAGGAGCUGAUGGGGGACAGUGCUCUGUCAGACCAGCUUUUCUCUGGUCACCUGUGCCAGGUACAGCCACUGACUCCUGAGAAGAAUGUGGAGGAACUGCAGCUGCUGUGUCAGAAGGAUCAGCAAAUUUAGUGGCUUACUGGACAGCACACUGCAAGCACUUCUAAGCCUGAAAGCAGCCCAACUUCCUGCACGGCACCUCACGCAGCUGGCGGUGCACAGCAGAGAAGAAGCCACGUCCCAGGGCUACAGGGCCCUGUGGUGUGGAAGAGACUGCUUUGCUCCUCCACAAGCCAGCUCUUUGCCAUUCAGCAAGAAUGCUUGCCUCGUUAAAUGAACAACAAUGCAGUCUGGGUACUGGCAUGGCACCUUCAUGGAGCAGGGACAUGGUGCUGCCUUGGUGUCCCAAGGGCUUUGUGCUCACUGGGACAGCAGCAUUAGAGGACUGGUACAGCCAAGGCUUUUAGGGUGGUAAGUCCAAAGAGGACAGUUCCUCCUGACCCUUUGGCCCACAGCCUUCAGAGAAAGGCAUUCUGGGCCCAAAUUUAUCAGAUCCAUCACAACCACCAACCUCCUCUCUGUUUCUUCCUUCUUCCUCUCUGAAAUCCCACUGCUGGCCACCAAAAUCAGGUCCAGAGAGUCCAUGGUAGGAAAACUAGCAAAAGCAGAAAGCAUUCUGAAUGAGUGUAGAAAAGAAGGGUAGUGAGGUAUCAGGUUUGACUGCCACUUGCAAGGAAAUAUCCCUUUGGCAUGGCCUUGGAUGUUUCCCUGCUGGACUGGGGCCGGCAGGAGCCUGGGCAUCCAGCCUGAGAGAGGUGUGCAGGGAAGAUACACACAGUUGUUUUUUCUUGUCCCCAGGGAUCAGGCAGGGUACAGCUCUGAGGUCUUGGUGACAGAGAUUAAAAGAAACUGCUAUUUUGAUAAUUCAGGACUAUUAGAAACCAAUAAGGAGAAAUCUUUAUUAUAUAAAAUGAAAAGUAUUUAAUGGAUAUUUAUGUAAAUGCCUUGUGAGCACAAGCCUGAGGGCAAGAUUGAUACGGGUGUCCCUGCCGCAUCCUGAGUGCCGGCCGGGGGCUGUGCUUCCCACUCCUCCUGUAUUUAUGGACAAGUCUGCGUGUCUGUCUGUAGCUAGGAUCUCUGUUUUUGUGAAGCUGUGCCCAAAGAUCUCUAUGCUGUGUUGUGACAAUGUGUGUUCACAGUAAAUCUAUGCUGUGGGUCCAAUGUC